UUGACAUUUGAUUAUGAGACGAAUGGUUGUGUAUUCGCCUCGCCUUCGGAAUCUUGUUUUCUAGCGUAGAAAAAAAAAAGACUUGACCUCUUUGUGGAUUCGUUUACCAUCUCCUCGUUUAAAAAAAUAGGUCGCUCGCAAAUAUCGUCGUGGUCUGUCUUCUUGGUGGUGGUGGUGUCUCUACCGGAAUUUUGCACGCACUUGUGUCAGUGGCAUUCAAACAUAAAGCAACAGAUAGAACCAAAUUAAAAUAUGAAAAAAAUCUGUUAAUUAUUGUAUUUUUUGUUGUUGUUUUCUUUGAAUAAAAAUUUCACCAAAUAAAACGUGCGUUCAAAUAAUUUAGAAAAAUAAGUAGAAAAUUAUCACAUUUUUUUAACCAAACAGAAAAGUUCUUUUCCAGUUGCCUUUGGUGUUUUUUUUGAGUUAAAAUUCUCUUCCAAGAGUUGGCAACAAGUUUAAUCUGCGCCUGGUCGUUUUAACUAGUUUCUUCUUCUUCUUCGACUCGUGUGUCUGUCCUCUCGCCAAAGGAUCGUGAUCAUUUUUAGCAUUCCUUUUGACUAUUCUCAUAGAAAAAACUCCUUUUUUUUUUCCUUCUUCCUCGUCGUCGUUUGUUAGAAUAUCAGUUAAAAUGAAAAGAUCUGCCCUUAAUCGGAAUCAUUAUUUUGUAUUCGGUUUCCUUCUCGGACUCAUACUCAGUUUUUACAUUCCCGAAGACAUCUGGGAACUAGUCCAGAAUGAAUGCCCUCAAACGGCUGAAAUUCAUUCGUUUGAAAAGAAGUUUGGCCAAGACUUUGAGCCGCACUUGAACCUGAUUAAUAAACCACUUGCAGCUAAGAAGCCGGUGAAAAACGUCAUUCGGCCACGCUAUUACUCCUCAGAAUUGGGUAUACGUGAAAAAAUAUUCAUCGGUGUCAUGACCUCACAAGAUGGCAUCAACACUUUGGCAACAGCGAUAAAUCGCACCGUUGCACACCUGGUCAAUCGCAUCAAAUUCUUCAUUAACGCCGACAAUGUGAAGAGCAACUACAAGUUGAAGAACAUUGUCGGUUUCACCGAUACUCGCGAGAAUCUUCGACCAUUCCAUGUGAUCAAGUAUCUCGCGGAUAAUUAUCUCGAUGACUAUGAUUAUUUCCUUAUUAUUCCGGACACUGUUUAUGUGGAUGCAAGAAAACUGCAAAAGAUGCUCUAUCAUUUGAGUAUAACGUUUGACAUUUACAUGGGUAAACGAACUGAUAGUGGGACAAAUGAGAAUGGCAAUUUGGGAGCGGGUGGUGAAAAUGGUGAAACAGCUGAUGGUGGCAAUCUGUCGGAUGAAAAUGAUCUGAAAAUGCAAAGUGAUCGUAAUUACUGUGAUUUAAAUGCUGGUAUUUUAUUAAGUAGUAGUGUUAUAAGAAAAAUGAGAAAUAAUUUAGACUGGUGCGUGCGCAACGGUAUGACUGGGGUGCAUAGUGUGAACAUUGGCAGAUGUGUCAAAUAUUCGAGUCGACUGUCCGGAUGCCAAGAAAAUUAUCAGGGCAUCACACAAAAGUCUUAUUCAGUGAGGCCAUCAAUAAAAUUAUACAAGGACCUUAGCCUAUUGUCAUCAGAAGAGGCCUUUCGAAACGCCUCUGUAAUAUAUCCUAUAACAAGUGCAGAUGAUUUUUAUCGACUUCAUGCCUAUUUCUCAAAAUACCAUUUAGAAAACCUUCAACACCGCAGCUUUGAUCUUGAACAUAAAGCCUAUCACAUAGCGAAUGGAACAAUAUCGAAUAAUAUUUUAGAAAUCCGUUGGCCAUUAGGAGUGCCAACUAGCAGCUCGCCAGAAACUCGCCAUGACAUUCUUGUGUGGCACUUUAUCAAUAGUACUCACAUUUUUCUGCCAAAUUCAGAGAAUGUCGUAGAACCAUUGAGUCGCAUCGACUCGUUAGACUUUCAAACAGUCUUAGAUAUAAGUGUGCAAUAUGCACGUCACAAGUAUCCAGGAUUAGCUUACUCGAGUAUACACACGGUUUACCGGAGAUUCGAUCCAACCAGAGGCAUGGACUAUCAUAUGCAUUUGAAUUUUUUAGAUGCAAAGCGAUAUGAACCAAGAUUGGUCACGAAGAGCUUUCAGGUAGUUAAGCCUUUGGGUCGGGUAGAAGUUGUACCCUCGCCAUAUGUAACUGAAAGUACAAGAAUAGCCAUAAUAGUGCCAGCAUUUGAACAUCUAGCCAACGAUGGUGUAGAGUUUGUUCGCCAAUAUGAAAAAAUCUGCAUGAAGAAUCAAGACAAUACCUUCCUUCUUAUGAUUUUUCUUUACAGAUAUGAUUCGCCUAGCAAAGGCGACAAUGAUCCAUUCCGAAAUAUUAAAAAUCUUGCCUUAAAUUUAUCCACCAAAUAUAAAACCGAUGGUUCUCGGAUAGCGUGGCUUUCAAUUCGAUUGCCAGCGAUAUUAAGUGAUGUCAUUAUGCCUGAGGAUAUUAUGCUCAAUUCAAUUUAUGCCCGAAAUGAAAUACUCAGUUUAGCUGUGGCUGACUUGGCCUUGCCAAAAAUUGGUCUUGAAAGCUUAAUUCUUAUGGGCUCAACAUCAAGUGUAUUUAAAGCGGAUUUUCUCAAUCGGGUUCGCAUGAAUACGAUACAAGGAUUCCAAGUGUAUUCACCAAUUGGAUUCAUGAUGUAUCCAUGUAAGUUUGCACAUUUUUGCAAAGAAUGUGAAACUUGUGAUGUUAGUCAGAGUGCUGGUUACUUUGACAGGUGGAAUUAUGAUGUGAUUGCUUUCUAUAGUCGCGACUAUGUGCAAGCUCGCAAAAAACUCGAAGAUACUGUACCGAUAGUCCACAAUGACAACGACAUUGAGUUACUUCUCAAUCGUGCCGAUAAAACAAUUAACACAAUUUUAGAUAUAUUUGUUGGUGCUCAAUUACCAAUACACAUAUUGCGUGGUGUUGAACCAAAUUUACGAUAUGGCACUGCCAUUAAAAAUUUCCUCGAAACUACAAGUGAUAUACCCAAGUGCCCAGCUUAUAGCAGCUUAGACAAUAAUAAUAAUAAUAAAAGUAAUACAAAUCAAAAUAAUAAUGUAAAUAAUUAUUCCAAUGAAAUACCUUUAAGAUCUGACAAUCUUAGCAGUAGUAAUAGUUUAAGUAGCAAGAAAUGUAUACACUUAGCGUCUAGAAAACAAAUUGGCGAUUCGAUAAUACGCUUUGAGGAUAAAAGUAUUAACAAUAAUCCAAGAAGGCAUUAAAAAACAAAUGAAAACAAAAUUGAAAUAUUUUAUAACUUUAGUCGAACAAAAAAAUGCUCAAAAUUACUGUCCUACUAAUUUUAUUACAGAUAUUUUUUCUAUUUCAUUUAAGUUUGAGUUGAUUUUUGAACUUUUAAAAAUAGUAAAUAAUAUGUUAUUUAAACUUUUUCUUUUAAACUAAUUUUAAGAAUAUUUAUUAUGUUCCCAUAUUAAUUUUCGGUUGUUGCUUUUCUUGCUUUUUUUUAUUUAUUCAUUAUUUAACAUUAUAGCAUCCACUUGCCAACUCUACAUUACGGUAACGUUACAGAAAAGUUUAAAGAGUAAUGAGAAUAUAUUUUAAGGUAUAUUUUCAAUUCGGAUCUACAGACUGAAACUUUGAAAAAUUUUCUUUUUGUUUUUAUUAUUUUUGAAUCUCAAAUUUCUUUUCCUUAUUAAAUUGCGAGGGUGAGAGUGAAUACUUGGUUGCUUUUUGCUUACUCCAAAAUACAAUUAUUGCAAAAUAUUUUUAAUUAUCUUAAAUUGAAAAUAGCUUCCAAUAUUGUUGAUGUACACGAAAUAAAUCUGAAAUUAGUCACAAAAUUUUUCAAAUUAAUUUAAAAAAUAAAUAAAACGUCAUCUAGCGAAAACAAAAUGUCAAGUUAAUUGAUAUGUGAGUUAUAAUUACGAACACAAAGGUCCGAUCAAAGACUAAAAUUGUUUAUCAUUAAUUUAAUUUUUUUUUAAUUCUUUACUAUUUUAUCUUCUUGGGCAACUAUUUUUUAUUAAAAUUAAAUAUUGUUUAAAUUUUUAUUAUACAUAAUUUAUUGUAAGACAAAGUGCCAAAGGUUUGAAACUUCUAUAAUUUAGUUAAAAAACAAAAUUGUUACUCAACAAUUAGUAUCUAUGUAUUUAUGUAAAAAAAAUUAUAUAUUAGUAGUUUUAUUAUAUCA